AGAACAAUGGGUAACAUGGUUACAGAGAUUGUUGCCUUCUUGCUUACAAUAUCAGGGUGGGUUCUAAUCUCCUCCACACUCCCCACUGACUACUGGAAGGUGUCAUCUGUAGAUGGAACUGUCAUCACUACAGCGACCUUUUGGUCCAAUCUCUGGAAGACAUGUGUUACAGAUUCAACUGGAGUCUCAAACUGCAAGGAUUUCCCCUCCAUGCUGGCUUUGGAUGCUUAUAUCCAGGUUUGUCGGGGCCUGAUGAUCUCAGCAGUGUGUCUGGGAUUCUUUGGGGCCAUUCUGGCCCUGGUGGGGAUGAAAUGCACAAAAAUAGGUGGAUCUGAGUCCACCAAGGCCAAGAUAACCUGCCUUUCUGGACUGAACUUUAUCCUCUGUGGUAUCUGCUCCUUGACGACAUGUUCACUAUAUGCCCAAAGAAUUACCUCUGAGUUUUUUGACCCUUUAUUCAUGGCACAAAAGUUUGAGCUGGGGGCUGCCCUGUUUAUCGGCUGGGCUGGAUCUGCUCUCUGCAUUGUAGGGGGUGUAGUUUUCUGUUUUUCUAUGACAGAGGGCUUUAGCAUGAGGGACUACUCCAACAAUGGUGCCAGGUCAUUCAUAUCAACUCAAAACAAAAAGAGUUCGGGCAGUCCUCAUAAAGGUGCAGCAGAUCAAGGCUGCCCUGCAAGACAGUUUGGGAGGAAUGCCUAUGUGUAA